UUUUUCAGCUAUUUUUCUUUUUACAUUUGUUGGUUAUUAAAUAGUUUUAGAUUCUAACGUAUUUGUAUUUAAUUAACUAUAUAUUUUUUUAUAAAAUAUUAAUUCAAUUUGGUUUGAAACUCAGUUAAGAUAAUUUUAAAAUGAAGCUCUUUAUUAACAUAAUGAAGAGCUUAAAAUCUGCCAUAAGCUACUCACAUAAUGACAACAUAUUUUGGUUAAUAAAUAGUUUCAGAUUCUAACGUUUUUGUAUUAUAAUUUUUUUAUAAAAUAUAGAAAGAGCUUCAUUUUGAAAGUAUCUUAACUGAGUUUUAAACCAAAUUAAAUUAAUAUUUUAUAAAAAAAUUAUAUACUUAAUUAAAUACAAAUACGUGAGAAUCUGAAACUAUUUAUUAACCAACAAAUGUUUUCAUUAUGUGAAAUUAAAAUCAUUAGAUAUUUUACUGCCAAAUGCCAUUAUGUGAGUUGCUUAAGUUUAAAAAUAAAAGUUAUCUAUUUAAUAAAACUAGAUUACAGUACUAAACUACUAAUAUAAAAUCUGUGAGAUAAUAUGAGGUUCACUAAGAUUGAGAAAGAUAAGAUUAUAUAUGGUUUUUAAGAGUGCCAUAUACAUAAAAGUUGAGCUCUAAGAAUAUAUGUACCAGAUGAAGAUGGCCGACGACAAGAUAAUCGAAGGAGAUGUAGACUUGAUCAGCACUUUACCAGAUGUGAUCCUCCAAAACAUACUAUGCUUUAUUCCAACCAAACUAGCCAUAACUACUUCCCUCUUGUCUAGACGAUGGAGGCAUGUAUGGUGUGAGAUACCUUCUAUCUCCUUAGAUGUGGAUACACUGACGGCAGCAUCGGUAAACGAAACCCUAACUCGCUACAAAGCUACCAAGACAAAGAGUUUUCACCUCAUUAUAACCACCAUGAUGGGGAACAUUCCCCACAUUGAUAGUUGGAUCGAGGGCGCCAUGUCACGCGACGUUGAGAAUUUAUCCCUGGAUUUUCUUCAUCAUUAUUAUAAAUAUAAGCUUCCUGAUUUCUUCUACUACACUUAUUCUUUCAAGCAACUUGACAUUACGUUAAGCUAUGAUCGACAUACGAUUUUUUCUCUCGAGUACACUGUAUCUUGGACAUCCUUGCAGAAAUUAUCCUUGACUAAUUGUAGUCUCUUUGAUGAAUUCUUAGCUAAGAUUCUAUCCGGUUGUCCGGUUCUCAAAUACUUAAGAUUGUAUGAAUGCGGUGAACUAAAGAUUCUUGAUCUCAGCAAAUUUCUACGUCUGAGAAUAUUAGAAGUAAUACGUCACUUGCCGGUUCAGGGGCCAAGGAAGAUUUUGGCACCACACAUCCAUUGUCUAAAAUUGCAUGACUCUCAGUUAUCAUGUACUUUGGUUGAUGUCGCUUCUUUGACCGAAGCUAAUCUGGAGUCAUGCAAUUGUGACAUCACAAAAAACUCAUUGUACCGUGAAUUUAAUGGUGAUUUUCUCCAAGGCAUGGUGCUAAAGAUGCUAGAAAAGUUAAAGAACGCAGAGAAGCUUACGCUUGGGAGAAACUUUACUCAGAUUUUGUCUCUUGCUGAGAUUCAUGGUGUUCCUUUCCCGAUGUUCAAGGUCAAAGCAUUGACUCUUGAUACAGAGAUCUGUCAAUAUAUUAUUCCUGGCAUAGAAAGACUGUUACAAAACUCACCUGAUUUAGAAAAGUUAACCGUAGUAGAAGGAAGGGUUCGCUUCUACAUGCUGGUGGAGUUUCUUGACAAGUACUUGAAAUCACAAGGCUUUAACGUGAACAAAUGCUGGAGAUCAAAAGAUGGAGCCUCUUGGAACAAGUACCGUAAGGAUUUGAAAUCUGAGCAUGUGGCUUCAUUAGUGGAACUUGUGCUUAAGAACACCGAGAAACUAGACAAGAUGGUUGUAUUGUUGGAUGAACAUUUCCUUAACUUCAAAAUUGAAGACGUGGUGGUUCCAACACUUCCUCACAACAACAAUGUCACCAUUGUGCUCUCUUCCACCAACAAACCGAUGACAUGAAGAGUUGUGAAUCAUAGAGGGGUUGAAGUCUUGUCAGUUUACAUCUCUCCUAAUAUUGAAAACAGAAUAGAAGAAGAUUUUUGUUUGUUCACACAAAUCUUCAAGCCUUUAGUGGAGAUUUUAAGAGUAUCAAAAAUUUGCUUUAUCUUUUUUUUUAACCGUAUAGCUUAUGUGAAAUAGCUUUUAGUUAACCGUAGCUUUUUUUUUUUGUCGGGGAUUUAUUUAAAUAUUACAAUUAUGAGAAAGAUUUCAAAGACGAUUCGAUAACCGACAAUUCUACUUGCCUUAUGAGGAUCUACGCCUAACUGCAUCAUUUGAGCCGUCCUAUGAAGAUCACGCCUGACCGGAUUUAUUUGCACCAUGUUGAGAAAUCCUUGUAAGUCUUUCUUCUGUAAUCGCAUAAUUGUUGAAUAAAUCGCUUGCUCCGGGAAUUGAAACCUGGAUUUCCUGUGCAAUCUGCAAGAAAUUGCAUAGUCUGGGAUUUGAACCCUAGACCUGGGUGUAGAAACCUUUAAACAAUAACCACUAGGCUACGGUGCUUCCACAGUUAACCGUAGCUUAUGUGACAAAUUAGAGGGGUGGUUCAGAUUCAUGCCAACACUAACUACAUUGAUGAACCCCUUUUCUGUUGCAGUCUUUCUUUAUUUUACUAUUCAAACAAGACAUAUUCAAAGAAACCUUAUAGUCACCCGAUUAAUUUAAUUAAAAGUCAAUGAUCUUAGGUACAAAUAGAGUUAUUCUUGGAUGAACCUCUACGUUCAUCAACCAAUAGAAUUUCAUUAUUUCAAAUUCGAUAUUUUAA